CAGGUGGGAUGGACGUGGAGAUUCAGAUAGAUGGAGAUGGAAAUGGGGAUUGAAAUGCGGAUGGAGAUGAGAUGGGGCAGAGACAGGGGAUGGAGAUGGGGGUGGAGCAGGGACACGGACAGAAAAUGGGAUGGGGCUGGAGACAGAGCAGCGACAGGGCAGGACUGGGACAGGAGCAGGGACGGGGCUGGCAGAGCUGCCUGUGGCCUGGGGGCAGGAGCGUUGGCUGAUUGUCACCAUGUCCCAAUCCCUGCACAUCCCCUUAUCGCGCUUUAACGACCGUCAAUGGGAGAUUUCCUCCCCCUCCCCGGGGACAAAGCAGGAGCCACCCCCGCGGGAAUCGGCAGCUUUGUCACCCCCGGGGGCCCGGGCCUGUGCUGGGGCUUUGUCCCCCAUCUGCCCCGUCCCCCCCUCGCCCACAGACCCCUCGGGCCCCUCCUGGCUCUUCCCACAGCUCCAGCGGACGCCCCUGGUCCCGCCAUGGCCCGCAGUGCCUGGCGCCCCUCACCAGGCGGUCCUGGGUGCACCCCACGCUGUGACCACCCCCUCCUCUGGCUGGGGGUGUUUGGGGUCCCAAGGGGCUGCCUUGGGCAAGGUGGUUUGGCCAAAGUGCUGCCCCAUGGGCAGGGUGGGGGUCACAGGGCAGGAGGGCUCUGCUGCCCCCCAGCCCUCCCAGCUCCCACGCCCGGGGGUGACACCAUCUGUCCCUUUGUCCUUGCACUCUGCAACACAAAGGGGUCCCGGUGCCACGGCUCUGCAGGACAGCACCUGCCUGGGGUCCCAGGGACCCCCGCCCUGCAGCUGGCAGCUCCGUCCUGGGGUGCCGGGCACCCCACAUGUCCCCUCACAGCUGUGGCUCCUGCGUGGGCCCCUCGCUCUGCUGGGUGUCCGUGACAGACUCACUCCCCACAGCCAUGGCAGGAGAGUGGUGCUGGCACCCGUCACAGCCAUGCCGCGGCUCGGCCUGGCACCCUGGGCACUGCCGAAGGGCUCAUACCAGCACCCGCAGCCCUGCCCGGGGGUCCCACAGGACCCUGCUCCUGCCGCCAGUGCUGGGGAGGGAGAGGGGACACGGUGGAGUCUGUGGGUGACAGGCUGUGGCCACCUCAUCCUCGCCACCAUCCUCCCGGCACCAGCACAGCCACAGCCAGCACUGCCUGGUUCGGCCUGGCUGCCAGGGCAGGCACGGCACAGGCAGUCCUGCCACUGGAGACGUCCCUUGGGGCGUCUGGCUGCCGGGGGGACACGUACUCUGGCUGCGGGGGUGUCUGGGUGUUCAGGGCUGUGCCGGGGGACUUGGGGGAGCGGGAUUUGGGGUGCCUUGGGAUUUAAGGUGCAUCGGUCUCGCGUGUUGGGACAUGGAGCUCUUUGGGGACAUCCCGCUGCUGGGGGACAGCCCCUGGGCUGGGGGUGCAGCCUGGAGACAGCCAUGAACUGGGAUGGUUGGGUCCAGCCAGGCCAGUACUGGUAUUGGUGUGUGCAGAUGGGCUGACCUGGGUGCUGUGGUCCCAAACCAGUGCCGUGUGAUCUGGGCUGACCUGGGUGGUGAGGUCCCAAACCAGUGCCAUGUGUCUGUGCCAAUGGGCUGAGCUGGGUGAUGUGGACCCAAACCAGUGUCCCGUGCUGGUGUGUGCUGACGGGCUGAACUGGGUGACGUGCUCCUAAACCAGUGCCAUGUGGUCUGGGCUGAACUGGGUGACGUGCUCCCAGACCCAGCGCUGUGCUGGGGUGUAACAGUGGGCUGAACUGCGUGAUGUGGUCUCGAGACCCGUGCUGAACUGGUCUGUGCCAAUGUGAUGAACUGGGUGAUGUGGCCCCAAACCAGCGUCCCGCGCUGGUGUGUGCUGAUGGGCUGAACUGGGUGACGUGCUCCCAGACCAGUGCCAUGCUGGGGUGUUAGAGCAGGCUGAACUAAGUGAUGUGGUCUCAAGAUCGGUGCCGUACUGGUCUGUGCCAAUGGGCUGAACUGGGUGACGUGGACCCAAACCAGCCCCGUGCUGGUGCGUGCCACGGGCCGCGCUGGUGCCGCAGGGCCGGUGCCAGCCAGCCAGUCCCCACCUGGUUGCCACUGGGGCGCUCUGGGCCAGCGCAGCCCGGCGCGGGGUGGGGGAGCCCCCGGGCGGAUUCCUGCCGUGCCGGGCGAGGCCCCGGGGCGCCCCCGCCCCCCGCCCUGUCCCCCCGCCCUGUCCCACCGCUCCGCAGCACAAAGGGGCCGGGGGGGCCGCGGCCCCGGGACAAAAGGCGGCGCUGAGCGGCCCCGCGGCAGGGAGGCGGCCCCAGCCCAGCCCGGACGCGAUCGCUGCCGCUGGGCCGGUGAGUACCCGGGUGAGCGGGACCCCCCCCGGGCCGCUGCUGGCGCCCGGCCCCGGGGCACGGCCUGGGGAGCGGGGCCGGGGCCGGGAGGCACCGGGCCGGAGCCGAGCUGAGCUGCAUGAGACCGGACCGCGGGGAGACACCGGAGCCGAGCCGAGCAGGAUCGGGACACGGUGAGAGAGCCGGGUCGAGCCGAGCGAAGCCGAGCCGCCCGAGCCGAACUGCCGAUCGGAGCCGAGUUGCCGACCCGAGCCGACCCGGCUUGCCGACCCGAGCCGAGCCGAGCCGAGCUGCCGAGCGGAGCCGACUCGACCCGAGCGGAGUUGCCGAGCGGAGCCGACUCGACCCGAGCGGAGCCGAGCCGGGCCGAGGCGCGGGCGGGGGGGCCGGGCCGGGCUUGUCCCCUCGGCGCCGCGCGGCCCCUCCCGCCGCAGCCAACCAGCCGGGCCGGGAGGCACCAUGUGACCCGGGAUCCCAGACAAAGAACCGCCGGCCCUGCCCGCGGCCCGGUCCGGCUCGGCUCGGCUCGGCUCGGCUCGGCUCGGCUCGGCUCGGCUCGGCUCGGCUCGGCUCGGCUCAGGCGGGCUUGGCUCAGUCCGGCUCGGCUCAGUGCGGCCCGACUCGGCUUAGUCGGGCUCGGCUCAGUCCGGCUUGGCUCGGCUCAGUCCGGCUCCGCUCGGCCUGGCUCGGCUCGGCUCAGUCCGGCUCCGCUCGGCCUGGCUUGGCUCGGCUCAGUUCGGCUCGGCUUGGCCCGGCCCGCCGCGGCGCCCAGCCCGCAUGGGCGGAGAAGAAGGCGAAGGUGAUCGCCGUGAUGAACGUGGUGGAGGAGACGCCGCGGGCAGAGCCCCAGAAGGAGGAGGAGGCCAGUCCCCCCGCCUCGCAGCAGCCCACCGACCCCGCCUCGCCCAACGUGGCCACCACGCCUGAGCCAGUGGUGGCCGACGCCGUGGACAAGAGCACCUCCAAGUCGGCGGACGACGAGCCCGAGUACGAGGAUGGCCGAGGCUUUGGCAUUGGCGAGCUGGUGUGGGGCAAGCUGCGCGGCUUCUCCUGGUGGCCCGGGCGCAUCGUCUCCUGGUGGAUGACGGGCCGGAGCCGUGCGGCCGAGGGCACCCGCUGGGUGAUGUGGUUCGGGGAUGGCAAGUUCUCCGUGGUCUGUGUGGAGAAGCUCCUGCCGCUCAGCUCCUUUGCCAGCGCCUUCCACCAGGCCACCUACAACAAGCAGCCCAUGUAUCGCAAAGCCAUCUACGAGGUGCUGCAGGUGGCGAGCAGCCGAGCAGGGAAGAUCUUCCCAGCGUGUCCCGAGAACGACGAGACCGACACCUCCAAGGUGGUGGAGAUCCAGAACAAGCAGAUGAUCGAGUGGGCGCUGGGCGGCUUCCAGCCCUCCGGCCCCAAGGGCCUGGAGCCCCCUGAAGAGGAGCGCAACCCCUACAAAGAAGUUUACACGGAGAUGUGGGUCGAGCCGGAAGCAGCUGCCUACGCGCCACCCCCACCUGCCAAAAAACCCAGGAAAAGCACAACAGAGAAGCCCAAGGUCAAGGAGAUCAUCGACGAGCGCACCCGAGAGCGACUCGUGUACGAGGUCCGGCAGAAAUGCAGGAACAUUGAAGACAUCUGCAUCUCCUGCGGGAGCCUCAACGUCACCCUGGAGCACCCCCUGUUCAUCGGAGGAAUGUGCCAAAACUGCAAGAACUGCUUCUUGGAGUGCGCGUACCAGUACGACGACGACGGCUACCAGUCCUACUGCACCAUCUGCUGCGGCGGCCGCGAGGUGCUCAUGUGCGGCAACAACAACUGCUGCAGGUGCUUCUGCGUGGAGUGCGUGGACCUGCUGGUGGGGCCGGGGGCAGCGCAGGCGGCCAUCAAGGAGGAUCCCUGGAACUGCUACAUGUGCGGCCACAAGGGCGUCUAUGGGCUCCUGCGCCGGCGGGAGGACUGGCCCUCGCGCCUCCAGAUGUUCUUCGCCAACAACCACGACCAGGAGUUCGACCCACCGAAGGUGUACCCACCGGUGCCGGCCGAGAAGAGGAAGCCGAUCCGGGUGCUCUCGCUCUUUGACGGCAUCGCCACAGGCCUGCUGGUGCUGAAGGACCUGGGCAUCCAGGUGGACCGGUACAUCGCCUCCGAGGUGUGCGAGGACUCCAUCACCGUCGGCAUGGUGAGGCACCAGGGCAAGAUCAUGUACGUCGGGGACGUCCGAAAUGUCACACAGAAACACAUACAGGAGUGGGGCCCCUUCGACCUGGUGAUUGGGGGCAGCCCCUGCAACGACCUCUCCAUCGUCAACCCGGCCAGGAAGGGGCUCUAUGAGGGCACCGGCCGUCUCUUCUUCGAGUUCUACCGCCUGCUGCACGAAGCCCGGCCCAAGGAGGGCGACGACCGACCCUUCUUCUGGCUCUUUGAGAACGUGGUGGCCAUGGGGGUGAGCGACAAGAGGGACAUCUCGCGCUUCCUGGAGUCCAAUCCUGUCAUGAUCGAUGCCAAAGAGGUGUCUGCGGCGCACAGGGCACGGUACUUCUGGGGGAACCUUCCCGGGAUGAACAGGCCACUCGCGUCCACAGUCAACGACAAGCUGGAGCUGCAGGAGUGCCUGGAGCACGGCCGGAUAGCCAAGUUCAGCAAAGUGCGAACUAUCACCACCCGCUCCAACUCCAUCAAGCAGGGCAAGGACCAGCACUUCCCCGUCUUCAUGAACGAGAAGGAGGACAUCCUGUGGUGCACGGAGAUGGAGAGGGUCUUUGGCUUCCCGGUGCAUUACACGGACGUGUCCAACAUGAGCCGCCUGGCCCGGCAGAGACUGCUCGGCAGAUCCUGGAGCGUGCCGGUGAUCCGCCACCUCUUCGCUCCCCUGAAGGAAUACUUCGCCUGCGUUUAAGAGAGACGGGACAGGAACUGGUGACACGGAGCGAGUCAGAAACAAAACCAUCCACGCCAAGAGAAGUGACAACACGGAAUGAGAGAAGAGUCAGCACCCAGAAGAGACACGGGAUUUCGUGGCCCAACGGGAACCCGGCACACGUCUCCCCGAGCGAAAGGGUUCGGUGUCCUCUCCUGAAUUCCCAAUGUUCAGCUUUUAGCCUGUUUAAAAACAAAAGCAACAAAAAAAACCACCAACGAAAACAACAACGACAACAACAAAAAAGAAAGAAAGAAAGAAAGAAAAAAAAAAAAAAGAAAAAAGCAAAACAAACAACCAAAACCUUUAUUUUGGGGGGUAACCUUUUAAUUUUCCGCUCUUUUCUGGCUGGGUUUUUCUGUUGGUUUGGUUUCUGCUUCUCGGAGCAGCGGGCGAGACGAGACGCCAGUCGCCAGCUCCGCUCUCGGAGGAGGGGAAACAGCAGCGGCAAAGCCCAGCCGGGAUGGCCGCGGCCAAGGGGAACCCGAGGGAACCCGCUCGCUCCGGCGCCCGGCCCGGCGCACCCAGCAACUGAGCCUCGCUCUGCUCCACCAGCACCGGCACUGGUGACCUGGAGCCAACCCGACUGGCAGGGAAGCCGAGAACACACACACCACAACACACACCUUUUCUACAGUAUUUUGGGUGCCUACCACACGGGAAACCUUGAAGAAAGCAAAUUCUAGAAGCCGCUGUUACCUCUUGUUUACAGUUUAUAUAUAUAUGAUAGAUAUGAGAUAUAGAUAUAUAUAUAUAUAAAAGGUACUGUUACUACUGUACAACCUGACUUCAUAAUGGUGCUUUUAAACAGCGGGGUGAGUCAGACAUCAGCUUCCACGUUGCCUUACGUGCCGGGCCUUUCCGAGCGCGCAGGGCCGGGGCGGCGGCCGGGCGGGAAGCGUCUCCAUCCCGAGUCAUGCAAUAACCUUUUUCUGUCCUAAAAGGAAGCGCCUCCCUCGGCGGCGCCGCCCUGCCCGCGCUGCCGCCCGCCCGCGCCGCGCACAAGCGUAUUGGUGCUCUUCUGCGUACGCGGCGUCCCCGGCCGGGCCGGUGCUGGUUGUGUCCCCCCCGACCCGGCGGCGGGUGCUCCUGCCGGGGCGGCGCGGGGCGCGGGUGCUGUGAAUCGGGCUCUUGCCAAAAGCCGUGGCGGUGCCGCGGGCGCGGGACGGAGCGGUGCCGGAGCGCGGCUGGGCGCUGCUGGCGUGGGACGGGGACGGCUGCAGGUCCCCAGGCCCUGGUGCUACAUCGGCAGGAGGGCGAUGCCCGGUGAGCCCGGGUGGGACCGCGGUGCCGCUCGUGGUGUUGUCUCGUGUGCCGGGGACUCGUGGCAUCGCUCCUCUGCCUGAGUGUGGGUUUGGAGCGAUGUGUGUCCUGUCAGUGCCCUGUGCUGGGGGUGGCCCCAAACCCCCUUUCUGGGUGCUGGGUGCCCGUGAGGAGCGCGGUGGAGGCCGGGGUGCUGUGGAGGCAGCGGUGUUGGUGUUGGUGCUGAGGGCCGGCAGCCACGGCCACAGGAGCCGGGAGCCGCGAUGGCAUUGGCGGUGCGGAGGGAGCCGUGGUGCGUGCAGGCAGGUGCUGGCGUUGCUGUGGAUGGUGCUACUUGUCCGGCAGCCGUGGUGCCACUGGAGGCCGGUGGGUCUGGCUCAGCGCGGCACAUUGCGCGGUGCUGGAGCGGCUCCGGUGUGGCCAGGGACUGGUGCUACGGCGCAGGGGGCCGGAUCCUGCCCCCUCGCCGUCUCUUCUCUAACUGUGAAAGGUGCCGGGGCCGCCGGCCGCUCGGUGCGGGGUGCUGGCUAUUUGGCAGCGAGCCGUGCGGCGGCCCCGGGGUGCUGAGAGGUGCUGGGACUGAUGGCGGCGGGGGCGAGCGGGGGGCGGCCCCAGGGCCCCCCACCUCCCCACCGUGCCUGGUGCUACCAGGGGCCCCUCUGUCGGUGUGUGCGGUGCGGGGAGCUGGGCUGUGCGGUGGUGGCAUCGCGGGGCCCAGCUCUGCCACGGUCAGGCAGGUGAGGCAGAACGCGGUGCUGGGCCGUGCCUGUGGGCUCCGGUUCGUCCCGGUGCCGGAUCCUGCGCUGCCCCAUGGCACUGGGGCGAGUCUGGCACAGAGCAGCUGUGGCAGCGCCAGGUGUGGGCCUGGCACGGCUCUGCCACCCUGUUGGCAGGUCCUGCGUGGCCACGGCACCGGGUGUAAGUGUUAAGUGGCCCUGCAGUGAUGGGUGCGGGUCCUGCAGUGACGGUGCGGAUCCUGCAGUGAUGGGUGCAGGUCCUGCAGUGAUGGUGCGGGUCCUGCAGUGGUGGGUGCAGGUUCUGCCCAGCCCCGCGGCACCGGCUGUGUGUUCUGCAGGGCCCUGCAGUGCGGUCUGCGGGUCCUGCAUGGCUCACAGCGCCAGGUGCAGACAUCAUGUGGCCCCUGUUAGCAGGGCCUCCAGCAUUGCAUGCAAGUCCUGCAUGGCCCUGCAGCUCCGGCUGCAGGUGCUGCCCGUCCCUGCAGCACCACGUGCGAGACCGGCACAGCCUGGCAGCGCUGGCUGCGUGGUGCUGCAGCACCGAGAGCGAGUCUCGCGUGGCUCUGCAGUGCUGGGUGCUGGUCCUGCAUGGUCUGCAGCACCAGGUGUAGAUGCUGCACGGCCCUGCAGCACUGGGUGCUAGUGCUGCACAAUCCUGCAGCACCGUUUGCAAGCGCUGCAUGGCCCUGCAGUGCCGGGUGCAAGUGUUGCGCAGCCCUGCAGCACUGGCUGCAAAUCCUGCGUGGCCCUGCAGGGGCGUUGGCAGGUCCUGAGCAGCCCUGCAGCAGCGGUUGCAGAUCCUGCACGGACCUGCAGCGGCGUUUGCAGGUCGCUACUGGCCCUGUGGCGCUGGGUGCAAAUCCUGAGCGGCCCUGCAGCGGCGUUUGCAGGUCCUGAGCAGCCCUGCAGCGGCGUUUGCAGGUCCCACAUGGCCCUGCAAGGCCAGGUGCAAACGCUCCGCGGUCCCGCGGCGCUGGGUGCUGGUGCUGCGCGGUCCCGCAGCACCGUUUGCAAGCGCCGCGCACCGUGGCAGCGACCCUGGCGCAGCCCUGGCUGCGGGUCCCGCACGGCCCCGCGGCACCGGCUGCACCCCUGCCCGGCGCGGUCCUGCCACAGCGUUUGCAGGUCCCGCACGGCCGCGCCGCACCGUGCCAGCCCGGCACAGCCCCGCAGCGCUUCUCCGGGCCCCUCUCGGCCCUGCGGCACUUUUGGCAAGCCGGGCGCCGCACGGUGCGACGUCGGCACGUCCUUGGCGGCUCCUGCACCCGCGGUCGGGACGGCCGGAGCGGCGCCGGAGCCAGUGCCGGCGCGACGCCGGUUCCUGUCCCGGCACAACUGGAAGGCGCCGGGCUCGGCUCGGCGGUGCCGGGGCCGCCUUGGCAGCUCCGCGGCGGCCGCCGGCGCUGGGGGGGACCGUGGGGAAAGAGUUCAGUUUUUAACGUACCCGACUCACAUCUUUUCUUAAAACAGACGAGUUUUGUUGCACAGCCCUACACGAAACGGUAAAGCCGAAACAAACCCAGCCUGAAUUCCUUAGAUCCGCCGAGGGAGUGGGUGACAAACACGGUGCUAAAACAUUUUAUUAAAAAUAUAUAUUGUUAAAUUAAGUCUGCUGUCUGGACAAUGACUGUUUGUUUUGUUUUCUUGUAGUGGAGUUUCAAAGAGCACUAUUAUUUUACUCUUAUAUAUUAUUAUUAAAAAAAAAAAAGGAAAAAAAAAAACAUAAAAAAACCACAAAAAAGGCAUUUUAACUUUGUACUUGAAAACUAAACGAGAGAUUUCAUGUGUUUUAGCCUAGACAUUGAAGUAGCUGACGCUUAACUAUUUGUGGGGAAUCAUGUACUCAUACCGAGGAAUAAGCGCGUAGAGUUCGGUACCCUCCUCUCCUUGAUUUGGCUCAGCCCGCGCCCCACCGCCACAUUCCCGGCAGCGCCGGCCCCGCCGCCCGGCCCAGCGCCCCCAGCUGCCCCCCAAACCUCCCUCUUGAUUUUCUACUUUUCUCUCGGUUCGUUCCUUUCGUUUUUCUGUUGGUUUGUUUUUUUAGGGUCGCUUCUCUAUUUAUUGCCGCUGAAUACUGUGCAUUUCACCGUAUGGUUCUGGCCCGCGGGCUUGCCCGGCACUCUGUCGUAUCUGUGUAAGUAUUGCUCGUGACAUAGCUGUUCUGAACUAAUUAAAGGUCAAUGCGUGCAGCAGAUGUAGAAAGUCUGUCCGUUCCGCUUCCAUCCCAUCCUCCUUUUUAUUUUUCUUUGGUGCCCAGAAGAAUAUAAUACAGACGAGCUCCUUUCUAAUGUACUUGUGCUGGAGAACACUUGAAUAAAUGUACUGUUUUUGUGCAAAAAAAAAAGGAAAAAAGAAAAAAAAAGAGGAAAAAAGCU